AUGUAUGGAGUUGUUGUUGCUCUUUCAUCUUCGAAGCCCGACUACACUAUUCCUUCAAACUCAAAACUAGUUGAAGAGUGGACUUACGCAAACAAGGUAUGCCGACACACUCUGCUUAAUGCACUUUCUAAUUAUUUGUUCGAUGUGUAUUGUUCCUACAAGGAAGCAAAGGACAUUUGGGACUCGUUGAUUCUCAAAUACAUUGCCGAAGAUGUCGUCAGACAAAGAUUCGUCAUAGGAAACUACUACCAUUGGGAGAUGAUUGAAGACAAGGACAUAAAAACCCAAAUCAAUGAGUAUCAUAAGCUGUUGGAAGAUAUCAAAGCAGAAAAUAUUCUUCUACCGGAUGAAUUUGUUUCAGAACUUCUGAUCGAGAAACUGUCGCCAUCUUGGACAGAUUACAAACAACAUUUGAAACACAUGCACAAACAGAUGUCUCUACCAGAACUCAUUACACGCAUAAUAAUUGAAGAUACCAACAGGAAGGAGUUUGCUACUGCAACGGCCAAAGGUUUAUCUGCAAAAGCAAAUAUGGUGGUAGACUCUGAUGCUGCCAGACAUAUUUGUGCAAACAUAAGUGCCUUUACCUUUUACACUAGUGUUGGGGAUGGAAAAGAAUACGUUUACCUCGGUGAUUCCAGAACCACUCCUGUUCUGGGAAAAGGAAAAGUUCUUCUCAAAUUCACAUCUGGAAAGAUUUUGGCCUUGAGUGAUGUGUUACAUGUGCCAUCAAUCAGAGUUAAUUUAAUCUCUGUAGCACUAUUGGGAAAGUCAUUGUGCAUGAGAGAGAAAGAACAUUCUAGUGCCUCAAACACAACCAUUGCCAUGGAAAGUUCCGGAUACUUUGCUGCUAAACUCAAAAAACAAAACGACAACGUUUCUUCUGGUUCAGUUUACUAA